GAGAAAAAAACUAGAUUUUCAAAAAAUGGCAUCAUCAUCAUCGUCAAUGUCUCUCUCGUUCUCUUCAUCUUCCUCCUCAUUUCUCUCCUCUCCUCUCCCUCAAAACAACCACCGCAGCAUUUCCCACAAACCCACCAAUUUUCUACCUAAACCCAAACACCACUCUUCCCUUCUUCUUUAUCUUCUCCGAUGCCAAGCUUAUUCCGCUGCCGCCGCCGCUCCACCUGACAGAAAAAGACACUGGAAACGCGGCGAAUUCCCCGGAGUUACCGAAACUUCAGCACCCAGAAGAACUCCCAUCAAAAAUAUCAAGAAGAAAUUAGACCGCAAGAACAACGCCAAGGCCUGGGUUAACACUGUCACUGAAGAAUUAUCUGACCGCAUUCUCAAGAAGCAGUGGUUUCAAGCUCUCGAGGUGUUUGAGAUGCUUAAAGAACAGCCGUUCUAUCACCCUAAAGAAGGAACUUACAUGAAACUCCUGAUUCUUUUGGGCAGAACCGGCCAAGCCCAACGCGCACACCAACUGUUCGACGAAAUGCUUGAACAAGGGAUCCCCGCCACUCCUGAGCUCUACACUGCAUUGCUUGCUGCUUAUUGCCGUAGCCAUCUUGUCGACGAGGGUUUCGCCGUUCUUCACCAGAUGAAGAAUAUUCCUCAUUGCUUGCCUGAUGUUUACACUUACAGCACCUUGCUCAAGGCUUGUGUUGAUGCUGCGAGAUUUGAUCUUGUUGAGAUUUUAUAUCGAGAGAUGGAUGAAAGGUUGAUUACUCCUAAUACAGUUACUCAAAAUAUAGUGUUGAGUGGUUAUGGGAAGGCUAGCAUGUAUGACCACAUGGAGCGGGUGCUUACCGGGAUGUUGGAGAGCACUGAGUGUAAACCUGAUGUUUGGACCAUGAACAUUAUUCUCAGUGUGUUUGGUAAUAGGGGUCAGAUUGAAUUGAUGGAGAAAUGGUAUGAGAAGUUUCGUAACUUUGGGAUUGAACCAGAGACUCGUACUUUUAAUAUUUUGAUUGGUGCUUAUGGGAAGAAACGGAUGUAUGAUAAGAUGUCAUCUGUAAUGGAGUAUAUGCGCAAACUUCAGUUUCCUUGGACGACCUCAACUUACAACAAUGUUAUCGAAGUGUUUGCGGAGGUGGGGGACGCCAAGCACAUGGAGUACACAUUCGAUCAGAUGCGAGCAGAGGGCAUGAAAGCAGACACCAAAACAUUUUGCUGCCUCAUCGACGGAUAUGCCAAUGCAGGUCUCUUCCAUAAAGUGAUCAGCAGUGUGCAGUUGGCUGCCAAAUUUGAAAUACCUGAGAAUACCACAUUCUAUAAUGCAAUCAUCUCCGCGUGUGCAAAGGCGGAGGAUUUAAUGGAGAUGGAGAGAGUUUUGAAUCGGAUGAAAGAUAAUCAUUGCCAACCAGAUUCAACAACUUACUCUAUCAUGGUGGAAGCUUACAAGAAGGAAGGUAUGAAUGACAAGAUCUAUUAUUUAGAGCAGGAGAAACAGAAGAUGGUAGCUUUUUAAAAGAGCCCAUAGGUUAUUAUAAUUUAAUUGUUACAUUUAAUUUUGCUCGUGUGCUUAAAUUCUAGAAUUAACAAUUGGUUACCCUACUCUGUGAUGGCAUGUAUCUUGUAAAUUACUUCAACAGACCUUUCACCUUUGUGACAAUCCUAGUACCCUUAGAACUUUAAAUAAAAUUUCGAAGUUUUUUUUA